AUGAGCUCCUACUCGUCGCAACAGGACAACCGUCUUCGUCCUCGUAAUACCGAAUACAACUCGUCGCCUACACAUUCACCAGGCGUAGUUACGCCAACAGGAGCCUCCGCUAGUUCUUCGGCUUUCUUACCAUCAUCGGUAUCUAGCCUCUGGGGUGGUCUCGUCCGCCGGUUUUCGUCGGACACCGCCUCUCCGUCAACAUCACCCAAUUUCAACUCGUCCUUCCAUAAUUCCCAGACGUAUCCCACCGGUGGUGGAAACCUCCACAGCAACGGCCUAGACGGCAUAUAUACUCCGCCGCACACGUAUCGGACCGCGUCGCCAAUGCGACCCCCGCCGCUCGAGCCACUGCGGCUCAAUGGCUUUUCGGAUGACACGACGCCAGAGGCCAGGCUACUGACCACGGCCAUUGCGGAAGAAGUUCGCAUCAUGGUGCCUACACGUCUAAGUAUUGGGGAUGAAUGGAACCUGGUGUAUAGUCUUGAUCAGGACGGCGCCAGCUUAGCCACGCUCUACGAAAAGUGCGCUGCAUACCAGGGGAGGCGAGUAGGCUUUGUACUGGUGGUUAAAGAUUGCGAGGGCGGGAUUUUUGGCGCGUACCUUUCCGACUACCCACACCCAGCCCCAAGCUACUUUGGAACCGGAGAGUGCUUCCUCUGGCGGGCCUCCGUUCUAGCAUCCCUUCCGCCUCCCCCUUCUACCGAUACCUCUCACCUGACCGCGCGCACUACAACUAUUGCCGCGGCCCCAUCCUUAGGUCUAUAUAGCUCGCUGUCAAUCCGCUUCAAGGCCUUCCCUUAUAGCGGCGUCAAUGAGUAUUACAUACUUUGCGAAUCCCAUUUUUUGAGUGUCGGUGCCGGUGACGGCAAGUAUGGGUUAUGGCUUGAUGGCAGCCUCGAAAGGGGCAGGAGCUCGAUGUGCCCAACAUUUGGCAACGAGCGGCUGAGUGACGAAGGCGAAAAGUUUGGGGUCCUUGGUGUCGAGAUGUGGGUGAUUGGUGCAGGCGGCCGUUGA